AUGCCGGAGGCCGGGAACCUUAAACCUCAGCCACUUCCACUCGGAGAGCUGGGGGCAGAAGUGCCUGCAGCACCCGCUAGGUACCUGAGAGCUGGGCAGCACACCCAGACCGGCGGGCGGGCUGGCGUGCGGGCGGGCGGUUCUGGGAAACCAGGGCAGGCAGAGCAGCGCAGCGCGUGCCCGUGCUCGUACUCGUGCCCGCCCCGUCGCCGGCGGAGGCGGGCGCGGGCGCGUCCCUGUGGCCAGUCACCCGGCGGAGUUGGUCGCACAAUUAUGAAAGACUCGACUUCUGCUGCUAGCGCCGGAGCUGAGUUAGUUCUGAGAAGGUUUCCCUGGGCUGUCCUUGUCCGGCGGCCUCUGCUGCCGCCUCCAGAGACGCUUCCCGAUAGAUGGCUACAGGCCGCGGAGGAGGAGGAGGUGGAGUUGCUGCCCUUCCGGAGUCUGCCCCGUGAGGAGAAUGUCCCAGAAAUCCUGGAUAGAAAGCACUUUGACCAAGAGGGAAUGUGUAUAUAUUAUACCAAGUUCCAAAGACCCUCACAGAUGUCUUCCAGGAUGUCAAAUUUGUCAGCAACUUGUCAGGUGUUUUUGUGGUCGCUUGGUCAAGCAACAUGCUUGUUUCACUGCAAGUCUUGCCAUGAAAUACUCAGAUGUGAAAUUGGGUGACCAUUUUAAUCAGGCAAUAGAAGAAUGGUCUGUGGAAAAGCAUACCGAACAGAGCCCAACAGAUGCUUAUGGAGUCAUUAAUUUUCAAGGGGGUUCUCAUUCCUACAGA